AUGGCGACCGGGCUGCUCUUGGCCUUUGUGGACCGGGAUGCCGCCACCGUGGAGGCGGCGGCCGCGACCUUGGCGAUCCUGCAGCCACGCGUGGCGGUGCGCGUGCUCCGAGGUGACAUGGUUGCCGUGGCCUUGGGUCAAGAGCUGGGAGAGGAGGUUGGAGGGGGCAGUGGGGCCUCUUCCGCCAGUGCGACGGCGGCUGCGCCGCCCAGCGCUCUCGCAAGGCAUGUCGAUUCCGAUGCGUUUCGUGACGUGCCCACCUUCAUCAUGUACGGGGCGAACACUGCCGGCCUCGCCUCAGGAAACCUACAAAAAGCCAUCAGCGAAGCCUUCCCGGAGCAGUUUGCCGACAUCGCACAGCAGAUGUGUCAAGCUCCUCCACACGAUGGCUUUGGACAUGGAGAGGUGUUCGUAAGCCACGAGAGCCGAAACAUUCGGCUCCUGGCGGUGUCCCUCUUCCCGCGGCCCAGCGAGGGCCCGGCGGCCGUGCGCCGGGGUGCUGCCGACGCCUUGCGAACGGCGCAAGCACUAGCAGGCCCGAGCUUUCGGGUUGUCAGCCACGCCUUGGGCAGCUUCACCGGACACCCGCGUCCACAGGACUUCGCCGAGUGCCUUGCGGGUGCGGUGGAAGAUUGGCUGUCUGACCGUGACUCUUGA